UAUUUUACUCUUCCUGGGCAAGUUUCCUGCAUCUUUCAGACACCGCCACCUCUUAUUUUUCUCCUCUUCCCGUUCUAAAUCUAUUUUAUCGGACCAUUAUAGCUUCGCUCACAUUUCUGAUUUCUAUGCUCUUCGAAUUGUCGCAUCUUGUUUUCUUCGAUUCUCCUGAUUUUAUUGUCCGACACGCGAUAAUCGUCUCCGAUGUCUGAAGCUAGUUCACCGCCCAAGGCGUUUCUCGGCAUCCGUUUCGCUCUGUUUGGAUUCGAUUCCACCAGCGAACGCAAGGUUCGGGCUACGCUUAUUAAUGGCGGUGGAGUCGAUGCCGGCCAGUAUGGCCCAAGUUGCACUCACGUGAUUGUUGAGAGAACAAUCUAUGAUGAUCCUGUAUGUGUAGCUGCUCGAAAUGAUGGCAAGACGCUAGUCACUGGAUUGUGGGUUGAUCAUAGUUUUGAUAUCGGAAUGCCUGUUGACCCUACUUCUAUCAUGUACAGGCCUCUUAUAGAUUUAAAUGGUAUUCCGGGUGGCAAAAGUUUAAUUGUGUGCUUGACUGGCUAUCAGAGACAAGAUCGAGAUGACAUAAUGACAAUGGUUGGCUUGAUGGGUGCACGAUUUUCUAAGCCAUUGGUUGCCAACAAAGUCACUCAUCUAAUAUGUUACAAAUUUGAGGGGGAGAAGUAUGAGCUUGCCAAGAAAAUGAGGACAAUAAAACUAGUCAAUCAUCGUUGGUUGGAAGAUUGCUUAAGAGAUUGGGAGCUACUUCCAGAAGCUAAUUAUAACAAAAGUGGCUAUGAAUUGGAGAUGAUGGAAGCUGAAGCAAAGGAUUCUGAAGAGGAGGCUGGAGACACCACUGUAAAGCAAUAUGGGGGUGAAAAUGAGAAUAAUAGUCUUCAUAAUUUCAAGAAUAGAACACCAGAGGCUGAUGAUCUGCUUAAAUCAAAUUUAGAUGUACCAAAACUAUCACCUAGUCAAAGUGUGCUGAAAGGACGAUCAAGUUUUGUUUGCUUGCCAUCAACUCCUAGGGGAAAGGAUGCUAAUAUCAGUGUUUCUGAGGCACUUGAUCAUCAUUGUACCAACACUGUCAACAAUACUAGUGCUGUUGAGAUGUUGGGAGGUCCGGAACAACGAGAUGGAACACCAGUGUCUAGGAAAGUGAUUAAUGAUCUGGAUUUCACAUCAACAAGUGCUGGAAAGGACCCAUAUUUCGACACAAAAUUUCGUGCAAUAAGUUACUCCAGGAAACCCACAGCAAGAUCUUCACCUUUAGUAUCUGCUGGAAAAGAAGGAAAUGUUGGAGGCUCUCCAAAGUUACAUUUAGGUGACUUCAAAAUCACUGAUGCCUUUGACAUCUCUUCCUCCGAAGUGGAACAUGAUAAGGACCAUAUUGGCUCUGCUCUUGUUGAAGGUCAUUGGAAUCAAAAUGAACUUUGUGAAGUAGGAUCAACUGGUAAAAAGAGGAAAAAAGAUGUUUCUUGUGCUAGUGCGAAACCACAAAAGGCGAUUCAUGAUAAAAAUGCACGAAUCACAGGCAGUACAUCGGUUGAACAUAAGACAAAAGGAUUGGAAAGAGCAUCGUUGGCAGUUGAUCCAUGUGAGACUAGUAACAUUUUGCCUUCAGAAAAUGCAACAAAGAAGUCGCACACUAGUGCUUUAGCCACAAAAUCCCCCGUCUCUAACAAGAAAUCUUUGGCACUAGAUCUGCCCUGCGCUGAGACUUUGACCUCAGAGACUAGGCCAUAUGAGAAUACUGAGAAGGUAGGCGAAACAUCUGUGAAGGGGUUAUCUGAUUUGACCUUGGCCUUCCAGCCUGCUGUGGGAGAUUUUGGCAUCGGGAGAUCAGAGCAGGCAGCAGCUGAUGCAGGGGAAUUAUUGCAUCUGCAGAAAGAUAACAGGGCUCCUUCACCCUCUAAGCUAAGUUCUGAGACAGAGAAAGGCUUGCUUGUUAAUUUCAACUCGCGCAAUGGUGGUAAUGAUAGAUCGAUUGCAAAACCAGUUAAGAAGAAGACACUUGCGAAGAAGACUUUGGGUUCUAGACCUCAGUUAUGUGGGACUGCCUAUCAAAAGGGUUCUAUUUACUUAAAAAAUACUACCUCAGAGCAUGACCCGGCCAUUAUUUUAAGUGGGAAAAAAGAUAGUUCUGACAACAUGAAUGUUUCCAAUGUCAAGGAGCUCAUCACAUCCCUGUCAACUCUUAAUGUGGAAGCAGUAAAAGUGGUGGAACCAAAAACUGCUGCAGAACCUGGGAAUGUCACAGGGGACAAGACUCUGUUUAUGGACGAUGAAACUGAGGCUCCAGAGGAUAAUGCUGGUUUUGAGUUUGAAAAGGAACCCUGUAAAGAGAGAUCUGAAUUGGCUGAACUGUCACGUGAAUUAGAUGCAACGACAGGAAUGAAAUCAGAAGGGGUUAAACCGGUAGCCCCCGAUUUAAAGGCUAGUAAGCAUGAUGAUGCAGCAUCAUCAGAUCAAUGCCUGAAAAUUACUAAUAAUUAUAGCUUGGACGAUUCAACCUUUAGAGGAGAUAGUGUGGAAAGCCGAAAAAUGCCUUUCAACUAUGAAAAGCCAAAAAAAAUUGCUGCUGUAGUCGAGAAACUGGACUCCGAGAAGAAAGUGUUUGGAAAUAAGGGUCAGAAAGAAAAGCAUAUCGAACAGGCAAAGAAGGGAAAGGAGAAAAUACUACAUUCACCUCAUAAAAAUAAGAACAGCACAGUAUCUGCAAAGCAGUCAGAGAACAAUAUCGAAGUAGAGAAGGAGAAUAAGGCAGUUUUGGAUCAAGUUCAACAGACAAGUCAAGGGAAGAAGUUUGGAAGAUCGGUUGGUAGAGCUAAUUUGGAGAAGAAGAUUAACGAAAAGGUGAGGAAGGUCAAUCCUAAUUCUUCUCCAAUAACAAAGCUCUAUAACCAAGUGAGAGUAGAACCUGCUUGGUUUAUAUUUAGCGGACAUAAACUUCAGAGGAAAGAAUUCCAGAAAAUAACAAAGCGUUUAAAGGGAAGGUUUUGUAGGGAUUCCCACCAAUGGUCAUACCAGGCAACACAUUUCAUAGCUCCAGAUCCAAUUCGCAGAACAGAGAAGUUCUUUGCUGCUGCUGCUGCUGGAAGGUGGAUUCUCAAUAAAGAUUAUUUAACUGCGUGCAAUCAAGCAGGAAAAUUCUUGGCAGAGGAGCCUUUUGAAUGGUACAGAAAUGGCCUUAGUCAAGAUGGUGCAAUUAAUUUAGAAGCACCAAGGAAGUGGCGGCUCUUGAGAGAGAGAACUGGUCAUGGAGCCUUUUAUGGAAUGCGUAUCGUUAUUUAUGGAGUUUGCAUUGCACCACCUUUGGAUACUUUGAAGCGCGUUGUGAAGGCUGGAGAUGGAACCAUUUUAGCAACUUCUCCUCCUUACACCCGUUUCUUUGAAUCUGGAAUUGAUUUUGCUGUUGUCAGCCCUGGCAUGCCUCAUGUUGAUGUGUGGAUCCAACAGUUCUUAAAACAUGAGAUACCGUGUGUUGUGGCUGAUUACUUGGUGGAAUAUGUAUGCAAGACUGGUUAUUCCCUUUCAAAACAUGUACUCUACAAUACUCAUACUUGGGCGGAGAAAUCAUUUGCUAACCUUCUGAGCAAGGCAGACGAGAUACUUGAGAACAAGCCUCCGGAAAAGAUACUUGAGGGCAUUCCACCUGCAGCUGAUUCCGGGUGUAGUGAUAUCAGUUGUCAAGUUUGCGGGUGCAGUGAUAGAGAAGAAGUCAUGCUGAUAUGUGGUGAUGAAGCUGGUUCUGUGGGUUGUGGAGUUGGAAUGCAUAUAGAUUGUUGUGAUCCUCCGCUUGAAAAUGUUCCAGAAGAGGAUUGGUUUUGUCCAGAGUGCAGAACUACACCUAAGAAAAAGAAAAAGGGGAGCUCUUCAUUGAAGAAGAGCAAGUGAGUCAUAGUACUUGCGAACCUUGUAGUUUCUGUUUAAAUAUGUAAACUUUGAUGUAGUUGUGGCAAAUAAUGUACAUUUCAUUAUUAAUUUUCUAUGACGAAUACAACAUUCCUGAACAAUAAUA